CAGGGCUGCUUCGGACUCGGUCAGACAUGCCCCGCUCUGGCGGCCGGGCUCGGGGAGGAUCAUGACUGCGGCAGCGAACUGGGUGGCGAACGGGGCGAGCUUGGAGGACUGCCACUCCAACCUCUUCUCGCUGGCUGAACUCACAGGAAUCAAAUGGCGUAGGUACAAUUUUGGAGGGCAUGGGGACUGUGGUCCCAUCAUUUCGGCCCCCGCCCAGGACGAUCCAAUCCUGUUAAGUUUCAUUCGCUGCCUGCAAGCCAAUCUACUGUGUGUGUGGCGCCGUGAUGUCAAACCAGAUUGCAAAGAAUUGUGGAUAUUCUGGUGGGGAGAUGAACCAAACUUAGUCGAUGUAAUACAUCAUGAGUUACACAUAGUGGAGGAAGGACUAUGGGAGAAUGGCCUUUCCUAUGAAUGUAGGACCCUGCUCUUCAAAGCAAUCCACAACCUAUUAGAAAGGUGCCUGAUGGAUAAAAACUUUGUCAGGAUUGGUAAAUGGUUCGUUCGGCCCUAUGAAAAGGAUGAGAAGCCAGUCAACAAAAGUGAACAUUUGUCCUGUGCCUUCACAUUUUUUCUUCAUGGGGAAAGUAAUGUAUGCACAAGUGUGGAGAUUGCCCAGCACCAGCCAAUUUAUCUGAUUAAUGAAGAGCAUAUACAUAUGGCUCAGUCAUCCCCUGCACCAUUUCAAGUGCUGGUGAGCCCCUAUGGUUUAAAUGGGACGCUGACAGGCCAGGCGUAUAAGAUGUCAGACCCAGCCACCCGCAAGCUAAUUGAGGAAUGGCAGUAUUUCUACCCAAUGGUGCUGAAGAAGAAAGAGGAGCGGAAGGAGGAAGAGGAGUUGGGAUAUGAUGAUGAUUUCCCUGUGGCGGUUGAAGUAAUUGUUGGCGGGGUUCGUAUGGUGUAUCCUUCAGCCUUUGUUUUGAUCUCUCAGAAUGACAUCCCAGUGUCUCACAAUGUCAUCAGUGCUGGAGGUCAUGUUGCUGUUGGCCAGCAUGGAGUUGGAAGUAUGAAAGACCCCAGUCAUUGUGGGAUGCCGCUCACCCCACCCACUUCUCCAGAACAAGCUGUCAUAGGUGAAAGUGGAGGUCCUCCAAGCGCCAUUGGUCACUUAGCUGCCCAGGAAGGGGUGGCUACUAUGCACAGUCCAAAGAGAUCGGGGGAGAUUCCUCCAAAACUCCACAGUCACAUGGUCCACAGAGUUUGGAAGGAAUGCAUCCUCAACAGAACGCAGCUCAAGAGGAGUCAAGUCUCUGCUCCACACCUGGAGGAAGAAGCAUCUAGUGAGUGUCCUCCUCCUCCUUCGUGGGGUUUUGUGGAUCCUGCCCAAAGAGCCAGCUGUUCCUGUUCCAGGCAUAAGGUUUUCAAACAGCGUUGUGCAGUUGGGCCCAGCCGGCCCCCUUCAAUAUCACAGCCAGGGUUCGCUGUCGGCCCACCAUCUUCUUCAUCUUUGCCGCCUCCAGCCUCUUCUAAGCACAAAACAACAGAAAGACAAGAAAAAGGAGACAAACUUCCAAAGCGGCCUGUGAUGCCAUUCCACCACAGGCCCUCUGUGGGUGAAGAGUUAUGCAUGGAGCAGGAUGCGCCGGGACAGAAACUGGCCUUGGCUGGGGUCGACUCCUCCUUGGAGGUCCCGAGCGGUAGGAAAUAUGAUAAGCAGCUGGCUGUGCCUUCCAGAAACACAAACAAACAAAUGCAUCUGAAUCCCAUGGAUUCACCCCAUUCCCCCAUUUCCCCUCUGCCACCAACCCUCAGCCCCCAGCCAAGAGGGCAGGAAGCAGAGAGUUUGGACCCACCGUCCAUUCCUGUGAAUCCAGCCCUCUAUAGUAAUGGACUUGAACUGCAGCCAUUGUCAAACCUGGAUGACAGGACUGUUCUUGUGGGCCAGAGACUGCCUCUGCUGGCUGAGGUCAGUGAGACAGCCUUGUACUGUGGGAUUGGGCCCCCCAGUUAUGAAUCAGCUGAUAAAUGGCACAGUUACCACCUACCACCAAGUGAUGACCCAGAGUUCAGGCCUCCAGAGCUCCAGGGUGAGCAAUAUGAUGUCAAGAUAGAGAUAAAUUCAGACAGCACUGCACUGAAAAGACUCUUAGCACAACCUAACAAACGGUUUAAAAUCUGGGAAGACAAGCAGGCCCAGGGGCAGGCAGGCUACCUUGACCCAUCACCUCGGAUGCAGCAGCCUGCAGAGACCCUGGGCGAUGCCAGUGACCCAUAUACCUUUGAGGACGGUGACAUCAAGUAUAGCUUCACCGGCAACAAGAAAUGCAAACUUGGAACGGAGAAAGAUGCGCUAAAAAAGAAUAAGUCUGAAGAUGGAUUUGGUACAAAAGAGAUCCCUCCACCAGGUCAUUCCACACCAGUGCCCGAUGGGAAGGAUGCCAUGUCUAUUUUCAGUUCUGCUCCAAAAACAGACGUCCGUCAGGAGAGUGCUGCCGGUAGAGCAGGCCCCAGCAGCCUUACGCAGGUGACUGAUCUGGCCCCUUCACUCCAUGACUUGGACAACAUCUUUGAUAAUUCUGAUGAGGAUGAACUUGGGGCUGCAUCACCAGCACUGCGGUCAUCAAAAAUCCAGACAGUAGGAACCGAGGACCGACCUCUGGGGAAAGACGGGAGAAUGGCAGUUCCUUACCCACCAACAGUGGCAGAUCUGCAAAGGAUGUUUCCCACUCCUCCAUCUUUGGAACAACAUCCUGCAUUCUCUCCUGUAAUGAAUUAUAAAGAUGGCAUCAGCUCUGAGACCGUGACAGCAUUGGGCAUGAUGGAGAGCCCUAUGGUCAGCAUGGUUUCCACCCAAAUCACAGAAUUCAAAAUGGAAGUGGAAGACGGGUUAGGAAGUCCUAAACCUGAAGAGAUUAAGGACUUUUCCUACGUGUACCAAGUUCCCACCUUGCAGCCUUUUGUAGGUUCCUCUCUGUUUGCUCCACUGAAGAUGCUGCCUAGCCAGUGCCUGCUGCCUCUGAAGGUGCCAGAUGCCUGCCUCUUCAGGCCCUCCUGGGCAGCUCCUCCCAAAAUUGAGCAGCUGCCUCUGCCGCCCACAGCUGCCUUUGUCCGGGAUGGCUACAAUAACGUGCCUAGCGUUGGCAGCCUCGCAGACCAGGAUUACCUGAAUACGCCCGUGACGCUGAACAGUGCGGCUCCAGCCAGCAACAGUGGGGCAGGCGUGCUGCCCUCCCCGGCUACUCCUCGCUUCUCUGUGCCGACGCCUCGGACACCUCGGACCCCGCGGACCCCCAGAGGCGGCGGCACGGCCAGCGGCCAGGGGUCUGUUAAGUACGACGGCACCGAGCAGGGGUCGCCGGCCUCCACACCGUCCACCACGAGGCCGCUCAGCUCCGUGGAGCCUGCUACUGCCCAGCCCGUGCCCGAGGCCCACAGUCUGUACGUCACCCUGAUUCUCUCGGACUCAGUGCUGAAUGUCUUCAAAGACCGGAACUUUGACAGCUGCUGCAUAUGUGCCUGCAACAUGAAUAUUAAAGGGGCAGACGUUGGGCUCUACAUCCCCGACUCUUCCAACGAGGACCAGUACCGCUGCACUUGCGGCUUCAGUGCUAUCAUGAACCGCAAGCUGGGCUAUAAUUCUGGGCUUUUUAUUGAAGAUGAAGUGGAUAUUUUUGGGAAGAACUCAGAUCUCGGCCAGGCAGCCGAGCGGCGGUUAAUGAUGUGUCAGACUGCCUUCCUGCCUCAGAUGGAGGGGGCCCGGAAGGCCCAGGAGCCCCCUGUCAGCCUCCUCCUGCUCCUCCAGAACCAGCACACACAGCCAUUCACAGCCCUGAGCUGCCUGGGCUGUGUCUCCCCCAGUCACCGCCACCCCCUCCCUGGGACACACUGGAGUUACGACAGGGUCCAAGCAGAUCACAAUGACUCUUGGACAGAGUGCGUCAAUGCGCUGGAGCAGGGGCGGCAGUAUGUCGACAACCCUACUGGUGGGAGAGUGGACGAAGCCCUCGUCCGAAGUGCCACCGUCCACUCUUGGCCGCACAGCAAUGUGCUGGACAUCAGCAUGCUGUCCUCCCAGGAUGUGGUGCGCAUGCUGCUCUCCCUGCAGCCCUUUCUCCAAGAUGCCAUUCAGAAGAAGCGGACAGGCAGGACCUGGGAGAACAUCCAGCACGUGCAGGGGCCCCUGACCUGGCAGCAGUUCCACAAGAUGGCUGGACGCGGCACCUAUGGUUCAGAAGAGUCCCCGGAGCCCUUGCCCAUCCCCACACUGCUGGUGGGCUACGACAAGGACUUCCUCACCAUUUCACCGUUCUCCUUGCCAUUCUGGGAGAGGCUAUUGUUAGACCCCUAUGGGGGCCACCGGGAUGUUGCUUACAUUGUGGUGUGUCCUGAAAAUGAGGCCUUGCUCGAAGGAGCCAAAACUUUCUUCAGGGACUUGAGCGCUGUAUAUGAGAUGUGUAGGCUGGGGCAGCACAAACCCAUCUGCAGAGGGCUACGAGAUGGGAUCAUGCGUGUGGGGAAGACCGUGACACCCAAGCUGGCCGACGAGCUCGUGAGUGAGUGGUUCAGCCAGCCCUGGAGCAGCGAGGACAGCGACAAUCAUUCAAGACUCAGACUUUACGCCCAGGUCUGCCGCCACCACCUCGCACCUUAUUUAGCUACCCUGCAGCUGGACAGCAGCCUAUUGAUUCCACCUAAGUACCCAAGCUCACCCCCAGCAGCAGCAGCAGCAGCAGCACAGGCACCGGCCGCUCCAGGGAGUGCGGGGCCAGCAGCUUCGAAUCCAGCUUGCGCUUCUGGACCCACAGCUCCGCCAGCUGGCACCUCCAAUGGCGGCUCAGGCAGCACUUCUGCGGCUGCCGGCUCCUCAGGGCCACCAGCAUCCUCAGCCUCCUCUGGGCCUGGUGUGACCCCAGGCAGCGCCACCUCCUCUUCAGGCUUUGGCAGUGGUGGUGGUGGUCCAGCACAGACAGCCAGUUCUGGGACAGGCGUGGCGGACAGGGUGCAGGGGAGCAUGGGCUUGGGAGGGGAGACAGAACCUGGACAGAACUCUUCCCAGCAGCCCCCACCAGAAGGACAAGACAGUGUCACCGAAAGGGAGCGGAUAGGGAUUCCCACGGAGCCGGAAUCAGCCGACAGCCAGGCCUACCCGCCGGCCGUGGUCAUCUACAUGGUGGAUCCCUUUACCUACACUGCAGAGGAGGAGUCCACAUCGGCAAACUUCUGGCUGCUCUGUCUGAUGCGCUGUUACACAGAGAUGCUGGAUAACUUACCUGAGAAUAUGAGAAACUCUUUCAUUCUCCAAAUUGUGCCUUGCCAGUACAUGCUGCAGACAAUGAAGGAUGAACAGGUUUUCUACAUUCAGCACUUGAAGUCCAUGGCAUUUUCUGUGUAUUGCCAGUGCAGGCGGCCUCUGCCCACCCAGAUCCAUAUUAAGUCUCUCACAGGCUUUGGACCGGCAGCCAGCAUUGAGAUGACCCUCAAGAACCCUGAGAGGCCCAGUCCAAUCCAGCUUUACUCCCCUCCUUUUAUAUUGGCACCGAUCAAAGACAAACAGACAGAGCUGGGAGAGACAUUUGGAGAAGCCAGCCAGAAGUAUAACGUGCUCUUCGUUGGCUACUGUUUGUCCCAUGACCAGCGCUGGCUCUUAGCCUGUUGCACUGACCUCCAUGGCGAAUUAUUGGAAACUUGCAUUGUAAAUAUUGAUUUACCAAACAGAUCUCGGAGGAGUAAAGUGUCUCCACGAAAAAUUGGGCUCCAGAAGUUAUGGGAGUGGUGCAUCGGAAUCAUUCAGAUGACGUCACUGCCCUGGAGAGUAGUGAUUGGGCGCCUUGGCAGACUUGGCCAUGGGGAGCUAAAAGAUUGGAGCAUCCUCCUGGGUGAAUGUUCCUUGCAGACAAUCAGCAAACAGCUGAAGGAGGUGUGCCGCAUGUGUGGACUCUCAGCCGCGGAUUCGCCCUCCAUCCUCAGUGCCUGCCUGGUGGCCAUGGAGCCCCAGGGGGCCUUUGUUGUGAUGCCAGACGCUGUCACCAUGGGCUCAGUUUUUGGUCGCAGUACUGCACUGAACCUCCAGUCAUCUCAACUCAACACACCACAGGACGCUUCUUGUACACACAUCCUGGUGUUCCCAACAUCUUCAACCAUCCAGGUGGCUCCAGCCAACUACCCGAACGAAGACGGAUUCAGCCCCAACAAUGAUGACAUGUUCGACCUUCCAUUCCCAGAUGAUAUGGACAAUGAUAUUAGGAUCUUAAUCACAGGGAACCUUCAUUCAUCUCCAAACUCCUCCCCGGUUCCUUCCCCGGGAUCCCCUUCUGGAAUUGGAGUGGGCUCUCAUUUCCAGCACAGUCGGAGCCAGGGCGAGCGCCUUCUUUCCCGAGAAGCCCCUGAGGAGCUGAAGCAGCAGCCCCUUGCUCUGGGCUAUUUCGUGUCAACAGCCAAAGCUGAGAAUCUUCCCCAGUGGUUCUGGUCCUCAUGUCCACAAGCCCAAAACCAGUGCCCUCUCUUCCUAAAGGCCUCCCUGCACCACCACAUCUCCGUAGCUCAGAUGGAUGAACUUCUCCCUGCCAGGAACUCCCAGCGCGUGCCACACCCUCUGGACUCCAAAACCACAUCGGAUGUCCUAAGGUUCGUUCUGGAGCAGUAUAAUGCGCUGUCCUGGCUCACGUGCAAUCCCGCCACCCAGGACCGCACCUCCUGCCUUCCUGUCCACUUCGUGGUGCUCACUCAGUUGUACAAUGCCAUCAAGAACAUACUUUAAUUUGGAAAGCACUUGUUCCUUUCUGGCUUGGACCUCCCUCUCUUUCCUCAAAACCUCAAUCCAAGAAAUGAACUACACUCUGCAAAUGGCCCGUGCUCCUUUCUCCAGAUCAGCCUCCACAAGCCUGUGUUGGGCUUCACUUUCCCAAGAGGCACCCAUCAGUUCUGCCGUGUUCAGUUGUGUCUGAGGGGCACAGCGAUGCUUCUCCUAAGGACCUGCGAGCUCCCAGACACAGGGACAUUCAGCCAGUGUUAAUGUCACAGAUGGCCCGGUCCUACUGGUCAGUCAACAGGAAGUUUUGUGUUUUGUGUGUGUCUUUUUUUUUUUUUUAAAGAAUGAAAACAUGGAGAAUGUGGUGUUCUUUUCCGUAGGGGACUGACCCUGUUUUAAGGCUCGGUUUAGAAAUAAGGGUCUAAGGCCUCUAGGGAUUGGUAUGGGUGGCCUGUAAGUGUUUGAACUCCUUAAGGUGGUGGGGCUUUAUGAAAUAAGGACCAGCUUGAGUACAUUGUUUAAAAAAAGAGAGAGAGUUUCUGCAGCCUUAAUAAUAGGUAUAAGUGCUUUGGUCGAUUUCCCUGCCUGUGUAGAUGGGAGUGGUCUGGCACAUGUUAACUUUGUCUAUUUAUUUUAAAUCAUUUUGUUGUCUUUGUUUCUUUUCUUAAAUAAGUGAGGACCAGGUACUCUAGAAGAACCCAAUCAGGAGCCCCCAUAGGAUUAUUUGUCUACACACCUGUCUGUCCUCUGACCUAACAACCAGAAGAGGGGUAAAUCCAGGGAGAUUAUGUCUGAAAAGAAAUGCAUUCAGAGCCAUGCAGCGGGUUUGGCCAAGAAGACAACUGGGUUUAGAACUCUGUCUUAUCAGAGUGGCCGGGUCGAAUCCAAGGUAACAGGCAGGCGACUCAGAUUCAGGGCUGUGGUGAUGAGCAUGGCCAGGGGCCCCCUUUCCAGAGUGGAGGUAGAAGUGCCCUCUCCAAGCAGUGAUGCUCAGAAAGCUACAGUGAAAACUAGACCUCCCAUGAGAGUGGAAGCAUUUCCCAGAGAGCAUUUGCUCUCCAAAUCAUGUACGAAUAUGGUAGAUUAUUUCUGGACCAUAGGAAUAUUAUUUCAAAGAAAUAAUAAAACUUGUCAUUAAAUUAGUACUUGAAGUGGAACCACUGUGGUGGAGCUUUGUUUAGUAAAAUGAUUGCCUUUUUGAAAUGUUAAUAAUGGCUGUAAUGGAAGCCUUUAUGACGCCUUCAUUCCGGACUCUGAGUUGUGGGGAGGGGCAGGGCCACGGAAUGUUGGGGUGCUUGGAUUGUCAGGCAGGGAGAUCUAGGGGUCUGUGGAAAGAAUCAUGCAAAUUUUAAAAGUUCUUCCAAAAUACUUUCAUGUUCUGGUUAACAAAAAAAGUGUAAUAAUUACUAUGAUUUUUUUAAAAGUAUUUUUCUUGAAAUAAUCUAAUGUUUAAAAGCAAAUUAUAUUAAAGGAAAAAAAGUCUGUUGUGUGGUGGGAAUGUGAAAGCAGAGAAGUAGCCAUGUAAAUGGAUGAUUUUGUUCU